AUGCCACCAAAGAAGAAGCCUCAAAUCUCAGAUAAGAACAAGGCCAAGGCCAAGGCCAAGUCUGCCGACGACAAGGCGUUCGGUUUGAAGAACAAAAACAAAUCGAAGAAGGUCCAACAGCAGAUUCAGCAAAUGCAAGCAGGUGUAGAUGGAGGAAGACAGAAGCAAAAGGAAGCGGAAGCCGCCAAGAGAGCUGCCGAAAAGAAGGCCUCGGAAGAAGCCAAGAAGGAGGCUGCUGCGUUAUUUGGUAUUACACAACAAAAGGUUCCAUUUGGAGUCGACCCCAAGUCGAUUCUCUGUGAGUUCUUCAAGAAGGGAGUCUGUACCAAGGGCGCCAAGUGUAAGUUCUCGCACGAUAUUAACGUGGGUAGAAAGGAUGCCAAGAAGGAUUUGUACACCGAUGCCAGAUCUGAAAAGGAAGAAGAUACCAUGGAUAAAUGGGAUGAAGAGAAGUUGAGAAGCGUCAUUCUGUCCAAGCACGGAAACCCCAAGACUACUACCGAUAAGGUGUGUAAAUAUUUCAUUGAGGCCGUGGAGAACGGUAAGUAUGGUUGGUUCUGGGUGUGUCCCAACGGAGGUAACGACUGUAUGUACAGACACUCGUUACCAGCCGGUUUCGUGUUGAAGACCAAGGAGCAAAAGAGAUUGGAGAAGUUGGCAGAGGAAUCUGCGCCCAAGAUCACCUUAGAAGAGUUCAUCGAGAUGGAAAGAGGCAAGUUGGACAAGUCCAAGUCUACUGCGAUCACCAUCGAGUCGUUCAACCAAUGGAAGGCCAAGAUUGAAGCAAAGAAGGCGGACGACAAGAAGAAGGAAUUGGAGAAGGGUGGAAAGAGAGCCUUGACCGGUAGAGAAAUCAUGUUGGCCAAGUUUUCCGACAAAUACUACACGGAAGAAGACGAUGGAGACACCUUCGACUUGUCUCAGUUCAAGUCCGAGUUGCCAGAGGACUCAUCCGAAAACAUCAAGGACUAUGGUGAUGGUAGCAACGUGCAGCAGUUCUACCAGCAGGAGAUCCCAGAUUCUACCAAGGAGGAUAAAAGUGCCCCUAUCACAGCAUAA